GCGAUGAGCGCCUCGGGGCCCGCGUGCGCCGUGGGGGAGCCGGCGGCGGCGCGGCCCGCGCGGUCCCUGCUGCGGCACGUGCAGCUGGAGAACCUGGCGGCGGGGCUGAGCGGCGGCGUCAUCUCCACUCUGGUGCUCCACCCGCUCGACCUAGUCAAGAUCCGCUUCGCAGUAAGCGAUGGAUUGGAGCUGAGGCCAAAAUACAAUGGGAUUCUCCACUGCAUGACCACUGUCUGGAAACAUGAAGGACUACGAGGCUUGUAUCAAGGGGUAACUCCAAACAUGGUGGGAGCAGGGGCUUCCUGGGGACUUUACUUUUUCUUUUACAAUGCCAUCAAAGCUUACAAGAAGGAGGGGAAGCUGGAAAGUCUCAGUGCAACCGAACACCUAGUGUCAGCUGCAGAGGCUGGAGCCAUGACUCUUUGCAUUACAAACCCAAUAUGGGUAACGAAGACGCGACUUGUGCUACAAUACAACGCUGGUGUUGACCCCUCAAAACGGCAAUACAGAGGAAUGUUUGAUGCUCUUAUGAAGAUACACAAGAGGGAGGGCAUACGUGGUUUGUACAAGGGAUUUGUGCCUGGUUUGUUCGGAACUUCACAUGGAGCACUUCAGUUCAUGGCCUAUGAGGAUCUGAAGCUGAGAUACAACAAGUACAGAAACAGAGGAUCAGACACAAAAUUGAACACUGUGGAAUACAUAACGAUGGCAGCUGUAUCCAAAAUAUUCGCUGUGUCAGCAACAUACCCCUAUCAGGUUGUGCGAGCUCGUCUUCAGGAUCAGCAUAACGUGUAUUCUGGCGUGUUUGAUGUGAUCCGCAGGACGUGGAGGAAAGAAGGAAUUCAUGGAUUUUACAAAGGAAUUAUCCCCAAUGUGAUCAGAGUGACUCCUGCCUGUUGUAUUACCUUUGUUAUUUAUGAAAAUGUGUCUGGUUUUCUACUUGGUUUUAGAAAGGAAAAUAAUUAAAGGUAUGACCUUGUGUUCAUAAGGAAUCUAUCCUCUAUUUUCUAUAUUUAUGAUCUGGGAGAGAUUUAAUUCGGCAGUCUUUUUUGACACUGUGCAUUGAGCUAGUAUUUUGAGGAAAGAACCUGGAGACAGUAAAACCCUGCCAACAUCUCUUCUGCUGGGUUUUCUUGUGUUGCUGCCUUACUCUCUGCAUCAGCUGCUUCUGCAUGAAACAGAUAUCUCUGCAACUGUGAAAUAACAGCACUGUGACUGGGUGAAGGCAGCUGUGUAGCAGUUCAGUUCUUCCUGGCCUGCCUGGAAUAACAGACUCAUCUGUUUUGACAAGUCUCAAAGUGACAGUUGGUCAGAUUCUACUCCUGCAGAAGUGGAAAACUUCCCAUAAAAGCAGCUCUGGGGUCUGUCAAAACUU